AUGGUUUGGUUAGAAGCCUUGCCUGAUGAUUGGUGGAAUCAAUAUCAAUCUAUUUCACUUUCACCUGAAUGUAUUCAAGAACUUAAUAUUGAACUUUUAUUUCUUGUUCGAAGUCUUAUUCUUGAAACACGUACUUAUGCACGUGUUUGUAAACGUAUUUGUCUUCGUACUAUUGAUUUUCAAACUGUACUUGAUGCUCGAAAUAUUCAUCAACAUAUAAAUCUUACUAACAAUAGAAAACAAUCGGAAGAAACAAAUAUUUCUAUUUUAUCAUUACUUAAUCAAAUAGAUCAAAUAUCAUCGAAAAUCGAUAGACUUCAACUUACAAUUCAUUGGCUUGCUAUCGAUGGAGAACAACCGAUUAUACCCGACAAUCCAUCUCCAAGUUUCAUUGAAGAAAAUUCAUUUGAAAACAAACAACAAAAACCCAUCGAUAGAAAAAUAAUAUCGUCUGAACUUAUUAAUAAAUCUCCUUUGCUAAAGAAACUUUUUGAAAUCGCCAGUUCAACUAAAACAAAAAAUUAUGAACUUCAAGAUCAUGUUCAUCCGUUAACAAAGAAUAAUUUAACCGUCAAACCAAUUCAUCCUCGAAAUGUGCCCGUGCGUCGUCUUCAUACAAAUUAUGACAUAGUGUCAUCAUCUCCAGCAUGUCUUGCACAUGAAUUAAGCAUAGAACAACAAUUAUAUUUUAAAUUAUUAACUGAAUCAUGUUUUAAUGGAACAGAUCAGCAAUGUACGGAUGCUUUUCAUUGUUUUUCAUCAGAUGCUGCUUUACAACCUCUUGUACCUCGUCUUCUUCUAUUUAUUGCCAAAGGUAUUCAAACAAAUAUUCAUUUACAUGAUCUCAAUUUUAUUCUUCGAUUUUUAUCAAUAUUAAAAAUGCUUACAAUAAAUAGAUUUAUUUCAUUUGAUAAAUAUCUUCAUUCAAUCAUUCCAACAUUAUUAACUUGUCUUGUAUGCAUAUUUGAUAUGACAAAAACGGAUAAUAUUUUAUUGACAAUAGAUCAUAAUAGUUUGAAUAGUUAUUCAACAAUAUGGAUGAUGCGAGAACAAGCUAGUGAUCUUAUUUCAUAUUUUGAAAAUAAAUAUUCUCAUAUUCCAUAUUUUACUGAACGAAUUAUUUCUAUUAUUAAAUCAAAUUUAAUUAUUAAUAAUACAAUUAAAACAUUUUCUAUUGUAUAUGCAUGUAUACGAACAUUACUUUUAAUUAAUAUUCAAAUCUAUGGUUCAUUUGUAAUACAUAUUUUACGAAACAAUAAAAAAACAAAAAUAUUUGAAGCAGAUUUCGAUCUUGAUCAUAAUGAACAACAGACAAUAUUUAAUCAGAAGAUUAACGGAUUAUUUGAAAAAUGUAAUUUAAAUUUAGAAGAUGAAUAA